AUGGUCAAGGACACAAAUCAAAGGACGAGAUGGAAAAUUACCCUUAUUUUCACAAUGUGUCUGCUGCAAGCUGUGAGUGCAUUGAAGGGUCCAAGGUUGGUGUCUGGUGAGGCUGGAAGGGAAAUCACCAUCAGGUGCCACUAUGCCCCACUAUCUAUCAAUAAACACCAAAGGAAGUACUGGUGUCGCCUGAAACCCAUGACAUCGGUCUGCCACACCAUUGUGUCCACCAAUCACUAUACUGACCUUCACUACCAUGGCCGGGUAACUCUAGUAGAUUUUCCACAGAAUGGUUUAUUUGUGGUGAGGCUUUCCCAACUGUCACUGGAUGAUGUGGGGCACUAUCGCUGUGGUAUUGGAAACCAAAACAACAUUCUGUUCCUCAACAUGAAUCUGACCAUUUCUACAGGUAUGGCUGUUUUUCAAACUUGA